AUGCGACAUCAGACCUACAGAGGCCCGAAGCUACCGAGUGCGCUGCUUGGCCAGAUCGGAGAUGCCAAAGCUACAGGACGCAAAGGACCCGGGCGCAAUGCGCCUGGCGGCCGCAAAGAACGGCGUAAAGCGGAGAGGGUGCAGAAGAAGACGCAGCGGAGGCAGCCAAGGGUGACAAAGACGCUUAAUGAGCCUGUCGAAGAAGACUCGGACGAUUUUGAGGGAUUUGAAGAGGAGGAUGAUCCAUCACCACCGCUCAGGUCUGAGCCGGGCGUUCAGAAACCGGAAACACAGCAGCCCAAGUCGAUCCUCAAACGAACUCAGAAGGCGGAUCCAGGAACCGGAGCUCGGGACAGGCUGUCCACGUCACCAGGACCAGAACCGCGGAUAUCGAGAGGUGUCCGGGAUAAGCUGGCAGAAGACGAUGCGGAGAUUGCGGCCCUGGAGAAGAGGCUGGGAUUGAAGAGCAAGAAGCUUCCGAAAUCUUUUGAAGAUGAUGGAUUAGAUCUGCUUCUAGAGGGCCUGGACGAUGAUACAGGGUCAAGUGGCAUGGGCAAGAGAAAGAGGACGGAUGAUGAGGAGUGGUUAGCAAAAAAGAGACGAAGAUCCGGGAGAGAUCAGAUUGAGGAGCAUGAGAGCAGCACCGAGACUGAGGAGGACGAAAGUGGGGAUGAGGGGAUGCUCGAUGAGGAAGGCGAACAGUCUGACUCCGAGGAUGGCGACACUCUCGAUUCUUUGAACGACGGCAAAGACGACCGCCACCAGCCGCUCAGAAUACACAACCCAGAGGAAGAUGACGGCUUUGACGAUUUUAGCGACGAUGUCUCAGACACUCCAGAGGAGGUCCAGCCUCGCAAGGUCCGAGAGAAUCCUUAUGUAGCUCCCGUCUCCGGAACCAGCGACCGUUCAGCGAAGUACAUACCCCCUUCUCUUCGCGCACCAUCGACCUCCGAUGCUGAGUCUAUGGCUCGGUUGCGGCGCCAGUGUCAAGGGUUACUCAAUCGACUCUCCGAAGCCAACCUUUUGACCAUUCUGAAGGACGUGGAACAAAUAUAUCAGCAAAACCCUCGUCAGUACGUUACCUCGACGCUUAUCGAACUGUUACUCGGUUUGUUAUGCGAUAGAACAGUCCUGAAUGACACUUUCCUCAUUUUGCACGCUGGUUUCAUCGCAGCAAUCUACAGAGUUGUUGGUGCAGAUUUUGGGGCACAGCUGGUUGAGCGUAUAGUCACUGAAUUCGAUAAGUUCUACAAGUCAUCUGCAGACGGCGGAGGCAAGGAAGCCGCAAAUCUCGUGUCUUUGCUCUCGGAACUUUACAAUUUUCAUGUCGUCGGCAGUAACAUUGUCUUUGACUAUAUCCGCCUUUUUCUCGAGGAGCUUUCAGAAGUCAACACGGAGCUCCUCCUUCGAAUUAUUAGAAAUUCUGGACAACAGCUUCGCUCGGAUGAUCCGUCCUCCCUGAAAGACAUCGUGGUUUUAUUACGAAAAGCGGCGACCAAGGCUGGCGAGACAAACCUAUCUGUUCGCACCAGGUUCAUGAUGGAGACUAUCAACAGCCUCAAAAAUAACCGCAUGAAGACCGGCGUCGCCGCUUCCGCCGUCAACACCGAGCAUACAGUCCGCAUGAGGAAGACCUUAGGGACGCUAAACACGCGAGCUGUCAUGGCUAGUGAGCCGCUGCGGAUCGGUCUGAGCGAUGUCAGAGACUCAGACAAGAAGGGCAAGUGGUGGCUCGUGGGUGCGAGUUGGAGGAACUCAAGUGCAAACCAAAACCCCCAGACAUCCAAAACUCAUUCGCAGGAAGCGGAGAAGACUACAGACGAGCUUGCAAACAUCGAUAGUGGCUUGCCAGACCUUCUACAACUCGCUAGGGAACAGCGUAUGAACACGGACAUACGUCGGGCAAUAUUCGUCACCAUCAUGUCAGCCUCGGAUUAUAAGGAUGCUCAUCUCCGGCUGUUGAAGCUGAAGCUCAAGAAAUCCCAAGAGCUCGAGAUACCGCGCGUCCUCAUUCAUUGUGCUGGGGUCGAGCAGCGAUACAAUCCCUACUACACCUUGAUUGCGCGCCAGUUCUGCUCUGAUCGGAGGCUCAAGAUGGCGUUUCAGUUCGGGCUAUGGGAGCUCUUCAAGCGCAUGGGAGAGAGGACAAACGAAGACGAUCUCGAAGAGAAUGACGAUGAGGAGGCAGAUGACAUGAAUAUGAGGAGAAUCGUUAACUUGGCACGGAUGUUUGGUGCGCUGAUCGCGGAUGGGGGCCUCUCUAUUGGAGUGUUGAAGACUCUCAACUUCGCUUACCUGCAGCCAAAGACGAAGACUUUCGCUGAGGUUUUACUCACUACUGUGAUUCUCCAGUCGCAAAAGCGUUCGUCUGGCGAAAGAGAUACCAAAGCCCUGCUGGACGUAUUUGAGAAGGUCAACGACGCGCCUCAGAUGGCGAGGGCCCUCCAAUACUUUCUCGAAAAGGUUGUUAAGAAAGGGGAUGUAGCUGGGAGCAAGUCGGAAAAGGAAACGGUUCGGUGGGGAUGUAGCCAGGCUGUUGAUGCGUUGACGGCAACGGUUGCAUCGGCGGUCGUAGAAGAGGACUAG